GCAAGUGGCACAACAGCUACUCAGUUUUUGAGGAAAGGAGUGCCUAUCGCUAGUGCCGACGCUCAUGGGAUAAAGGGUACACCAACACUCACUGCAGCGCAAAUGCUCCACCAACACUCGAGCAGUACAGGACCCUCCGGGCCACGGACGUCCACAGCACCUCCUGCAGAUACUAGUGGUUCGAACUCGAUUUCCGGGAAUAUGGAUGGAAAAAGUCCCAAUAUGCCUGGUGGAGACGUGCCUCAAUAUCAUCAACAGCGGCAAGGCGGUAUACCAAAUGGGAGUAGUUCGACUGGGCUAAUGGGUCCUACCGUCCUCAGUCGUCAGACGUCGGUCCCAGGCGUUUCUGGAGGACUACCUCUAACCCGAGAUGAGCAGCUAUUGUUGCAACAGCAGCAGCGCUUCCUCGCUGCAAACCCGAAGGUCAGCCAAAACGGAGACGCCGGUGCGUUUCUUUGCACUAGUUCUAGUCGAGCCCCACCAGGAAUGGGACCUCCGGUUGGGC